AUGGACUCCGAAGGCAGCGGAAACAGCCCGAUCGAGCGGAACAAACGCAAGAAAUCCAAUGUCAAGUCCGCCAAGAAGGGAAAGGGGAGUGUCUUAAAGCAGAGUCAGUCUCUCUCUCUCUCUCUCUCUCUCUCUCUCUCUCUCUCUCUCUCUCUCUCUCUCUCUCUCUCUCUCGCUCUCCCGCUCUCCCGCUCACGCUGAAUCUCGUUGUGCGUGCAUGUGUGAGCUCCUUUUUGAGACGUUUGCAAAUGAUGGAUGAUAAAGUGGUAGGAGUCGAUAAUUGUGUGCUCUCACCACAAAUGUUUCAGAGUCUCCGGCUGAGUUCUUCGCAGAGAACAAGAACAUAGCUGGAUUCGACAAUGUAAGCAUUUUCACUGGCUCCAAUGUCCUACUUAGUUGGCUUAUGCUGAGAAUCAAAUUGUACUCUUUUUUUUUACGAGUCAUGUGAAUUUAGAGGCGUCUUUGAUGUAAAUAACUCUUUUUCUGGCACAUUCCAGCCAGGAAAGUCUCUCUACACAACCAUGCGAGAGCUCGUGGAGAAUGCUCUUGAUUCAGCUGAAUCCAUAUCUGUGCUUCCGGAUAUAGAGAUAACAAUGUAAGCGAUUGAGCUCCCAUCAUGCCCUGUCUAAUGAAUAUCUCUUGAAGAGGCACACAAAUUGUGUAACCGUCAUAAACAUGUGCUGGAGGAUCACCUUUGUCUCCUGUUGAGCUAUCUAUUUAUGUAUUUGAUUAGUAUUCAACGUGCAUCAUUCUUUUAACAGAGAAGAGAUAAGUAAGAGUAGGUACAAUUCAAUGAUUGGUCUUGUGGACCGGGAGCGUGUUGAUGAAGAGCUCUAUGAUGAUUUUGAGUCUGCCAAGGCUCGUGAGGUAGUUUUUUUUGAAAAAUGUUCUCAAUAUUCGAAUACUCUGUGUUAGACUGAAGUUACUUCUACUUUCCAGCCAUAAAACCAUGAGCAUAGAAUACUGAUAUCUUCUUGUUGUCAAUUAUCCUAAGAAACGCCUUGCCAAAGAAGCUCGUGCUCUCGAAAUUGAAGCGAAGAAGCCUUUACUUGUGAAAAAGAUGAAAGAUAACCUUCAUGGAAGAGGACCAAAAGGCCGAGGGGAUGCCUCAUUCUACAGGGUUGUCUGCAAGGUUUGAUUCCUCUGUGAUAAAUGAUUUUGUGUUGUGAUGUGGAAGUAGAAUGUGGGAAGAUUUCGUUUAUCCAAUGAUUGUUUUCCAUGCCUUCAAAUCAUUGAAAAGCUCAUUAAUGGGUUGUCGUCCUUCAUUGUGAGGUAUUUCCUAGUCUCAUGGACUUAUCGCAUUGUUCUUAGAAGUUAUGAAUGGAAUGUUGUGCUUUAUGCUUGCAUAUGAUAUGCCAGAUUGACAAUUAUACUGGCCAAGUUUAUUUGGAUCUAGUUCAGGUCCAUAAUUUAUGUUCAUAUUAUGGGAAAGGGUUUUAGGAUGAUGAGCGUCAUGCAUUGGAUGAUUUUCAUUCAUUUUAGUUUUUAAUAAUGUAUCAUGGAUUGUGUUGUGAUUCGAAUUCUCGACUGCUUCGUUUUAGGAUAAUGGCAGAGGAAUGGCUCAUGAUGACAUCCCAAAUAUGUUUGGAGUAGGUGUGAAUCCAUAUGACCAAUUCAUUGUUGUUGCCAUCUAAUAAUAUAUUUCCCUUGCCCUGCAGGAUUAGAUGGGAUGCCUAAGACUUUGGCACGAUGCAUAUUUUUGCUGUGUUGCCACAAAGCUGUGAAUUAAAUUUGACGAUUUUCCCUUGUUGUAAUAUGGUUGUGUAAAAAUAUUUGCAGUUCUUUCUGGGACAAAAUAUGGCUUGAAGCAAACUCGUGGAAAAUUUGGAUUAGGUGCAAAAAUGGUGAGUGGCACAUAAGUCUCCUAUGUCCUUGAAUUUAGUUAGAUACCAAUGUCUUAAUGAUAAUUUUAGUACAGAAAAACUUUCAGGGACACUGGUUUGAGUAAUUGUCUCUUUCUUGGUUUGAUUUUUCUUUCUUUACUGGAAAAAAAUAAAUCAUAUGUGCCUUUGUUGCGUUAUUUUUUAUGAAGACCAAAAGUAUCUGCAAAUUGUCUCAAGCAAUGGUGACUUUGGGCUUUAUGUAGUCCAUAAUGGAAUGGUAAUUUAUAUCUAAAAAAAUGUGCAUUGAACUUUGUUUCUUUAUUCAUCCUGACCAUCUUACAGCUCAUCUUAUUUACCUGAAAGUUUCAUUAGUGUUUUGUUGAUCUCGUGCUCUUGAAAUUUUCUGCUCCUCUUGCUGGGAUAUACUGGCCUGAUUCUUGCAGUCUAAUGCAGGCGUUGAUCUGGUCUAAGAUGAGUACGGGUCUUCCUAUAGAGAUUUCAUCCUCACUGAGAGGUCAAAGUUAUGUUUCGUUCUGCAGACUUGACAUUGAUAUUCACCGGUAUGUGGAUGACAUGCAUGGGUGACCGUGAUUUGCAUUUAACUUAUCUGAGGGGUGGACACCAUCCUUAAAAAGGUUGUUCAACCUGUCUACUCUACUUCUAAUCACCCGCUAAGUAUAUCUAAAUGUUUCUCAGGAAUAUUCCUCAUAUUCAUAAGCAUGAGAAGCGGGAAAACAAGGAUCAAUGGCAUGGAGCAGAAAUUCAAGUUAUUAUCGAAGGGAACUGGACAACAUAUCGUGUGAGUGGCAGUUGACGGUUUCCAUUGUCAGAGAGUCCAUACAAUAUUUUCGAUCAUGUGCUGUGUACAUUAUCCACACACAGGUCUCCAAUACGUUGCCGACUGAGACCUUUUUUUUUUUAACAUAUGCAGUCAAAGAUUUUUCAUUACAUGCGCCAGCUGGCUGUAAUUACGCCCUAUUCUCAGUUCAUUUUUAGAUUCGUCUCUGAAGUGCAAGAGUAAGGUCUGAUUUUUGUGUCUCAUUCUAUGUCGUAUAAUUGUAUCCAUAAUCAUUUUUCCAUAUUCUUCUUUUUUACAGGAAAAAUAUCACAGUACGAUUUGCACGUAGAACAGAUGUGAUGCCUCCAGUUCCAGCUGAAACAAAGCAUCAUCCUUCUGCUGUUGAUAUACUGCUUAUUAAGCACCUUGUUGAAGAGUCUUCAAAGCAGAACCUUCUGCAGUUUCUUCAGCACGAAUUCGUAAAUAUUGGAAAGACCCAUGCUGAGAGAUUAAUUGGUAACUCGGUCCAUUAGUUUUAAGUUUAUCCUUUUUCAUUUUCAUCUUUACCAUUGCUGACAUUCUUGUCCAUAGAUUUCUUAUAAUUUUCCUAGCUUGAUUCUUUUCCUACCGAAAAUAAUUUCCGCAUCCAUCCCAAAAAGAAAGAGUUCUAGUUAUUCUCCUUCUUUGUCAGAUUUUGGCGCCAUCAAGGUCGACUGUGAGGCAGUUUUUCAACUGUGUUAUAUAAGUCAAUGUCGCUGAUGAGUGGAUCUCAAUUGCAUUACUCAGUUAUACAUAAUGAAGUCAGUGGUCAUAUUUUUGACUGUUUGAUUGGAAGACCCAUUUGCAUGUUUCUGUUGAGUAUUGCACCUAGUAUUCACCUUGAUCUUGGUGUCACAAAAUACUUAAAUUGUACGCAUGAUCUCAGAAAGAUAGGAAUUUCCUAAGAUUUACAUGACGAAAAUUUCUUUUGCUGUUAGAUUAGUUCAUUAUAUUAAUUUCAACAAUAUUCCCUUUGCUCUGCAGGAGAAAUGGGUCCAGAUUUUAGUGCUAAGAUGCCUGUUAAAGGUCUCACCUCCCAGCAAAUCGUUCGCAUUCAUCAAUUGUUUCGUCAAGCAAAGUUCGAUGAUCCUAGUGGUGAUGUCAGUUAUUAUCUUUGUUUUAAGCAUCCCUUCAUCUCUUCCCAUUAUCGAAUAUCCUAAUUAUAGGAUUCACCUUCUUCCCAUCAAAUAACAUAUUAUCCUUCCAUCUUUCCAUUACGUCACUCAUAGUGUCUUAGCCCUGCUGGGGAGUACAAUCUUCGCCUAGGAAUCAUAAAAGAGCUGCAUCCAGACAUGGUUGCCACUUACGCAAGCAGGUUGGCAUCUACUUCCAUUACCCUUCCCCUUUCUAGUAACCCGGACUUUUCAUUUGCAAGAUACCAUUUUUUGUUCUUUCCAUCUGCAAACCAAAUCGAAAGAACAAAAAAAUUAUUGAGUCAGAUGCAUCAGAUCGCCACUUAAAGAACCUGACGUGUGUUGAAUGUUUGCAUUGUUCUUGGCCAUAGCCCGCAGGUUUUUGAAGGUCAUCCAUUCAUUGUGGAAGCGGGGAUUAGCCUGGGUGGAAAAGAUGUCAAGCAAGUUAGUAUCACAUGUUUAUAGUCAUUAUUACUGGAUAAUAUUGUCUAUCCAAGAUAAAGUUUUUUUAUUAAUUUUUUUUAUUUCUCCAGGGUCUGAAUAUCUUCCGCUUUGCAAACCGUAUACCACUUCUGUUUGAGCAGGGCGCCGAUGUUGUCACAAGGACUGCUCUAAAGAGGAUCAAGUUAGCUCAUUCUCUCAUCGAAAACUGUCUUCUCACUACUAAUCUACCAUGUUCUUAGCCCGAAAUUUUCUCUUCUUUUUUUUUUUCUCCUCUUCUCGACUUUUGCAUUUUCAGUUGGAGUAGCUACAAGAUUAAUCAGAUGCAAGACAAAAUCGGGGUUUUUGUGAGUAUUGUGAGCACAAAGAUACCUUUCAAGGGUACAGGAAAGGAAUACAUUGGGGAUGACAUCAGUGAGAUAUCGUCUGUUGUAAAGGUUGCCAUACAGCCGUCUAUCUGUCUCCUUUGCUGCUCACAAGCUGUAUAACAUCAUGGUUGACUUUUGCUUCUUUUUUGGGAAAUAAAAAUAAAAUCGGUAUGCAGUCUGCUAUUAAACAGUGUUGUCUUCAGCUGAAGUCAAAGAUAGUGAAGAAACUUGAGGCUCGUGAACGCCAAGAGAGGAAAAGGAACCUGACCAGGUAAACCAUGCAAAGUCUUGGACUUCUCUGUAGCCGUUUUCCCAUAAUUAGGAUGGAUAGAUGUUCUUCAUGUUGACUUUGUGCAGCCCUUUUUAGGAAAGAGUGUGGCGAAUCCCACCUCUACUGAAUGGAGAGGUUGUUGUUGGUCUGCAGGUAUGUUCCUGAUGCGUCAAGGGCCUUAGUUGAGGUCCUCCGCGAGCUGAAACCGGGGAAGAGGCAACGCCUCGAGGAUGAUGAACUCAUAAGGAAAGUAAUCAGUCGGGAUAUCACGGAGGCCACCUUCAGGGAGAAGCUCACUCAACACGUCGAGCAGGUAACCCCUCUCUCUCUCUCUCUCUCUCUCUCUCUCUCUCUUUCUCUCCCCCCCCCCCUUUCUAAUUUGUAGUCAUGGUGUGUAGGUACUCCGUGGUGGAUUACCUACACACCAUGGAGUAGCUUGAGCUGAGUUCCGCGGUAUCUGUGUCCGUUGCAGGUUGAUUAUGAGAUGGCACUGGAAUAUGCUACUCAGAGAGGAGUUCGAGAGGAGCCUCGAGAGCCCAUCUACAUCAGUGCCCUCGAAGGAGCCCGGAGCUCCUCCAUCCUCCUCCACGGGCCUGUUUUUGCCUUCAGGCUCAUCCAAUGA